CGCGCAGCAGGCCGCCGGGGCCGAGUGACAGCGACCCCGACCCCUGGAAGACCCAAGCGCCGGCGCCAGCGCCGACGCGCGGGGACCUCGGCCGCUCGGCCGGCUCCUCCGGCCACGUGCUGCGCCUCCGCCUCCCGCUCCUUGCUCCUGGGCCUUGGCAGCUGCGGCUCGCAGCUCAGGGCCAGGGCCACACGGCCAGUGAGGCGGGGGCCCGGGGAAGGCGGGCCUCCCCAGGAAUCCUGGGUGGCCUUAGCUGUGGGAGGGGGUCUUCAGGAGGCAGGGGCCCGCGGGCGUCCCGCUGCCAUGGCAGGGCUGCGGACAGAGCAGGCACUAGCGGGUGGCAGGUGCGAGGAGGCCAGCAGCCUCAGGGUGGAGGCCGUGCGGCAGGGAGCGUCGGCGGCGGCUGAGGCGGCGGCGGCGGCGGCGGCGGCGGCAGUGGCAGCUGCAUCGUCGGAGGCGGAGGUUGUGGGCAUGGGGGAGGCCUUGGUGCUGCUGGCGGACGACAUCAUGGAGGCUGUGGUGGAGGUGGUGGCGGAGGAGCAGGAGGAGCAGGAGGAGGAGGAGGAGGAGGAGGAGGAGGAGGAGGAGGAGGAGGAGGAGGAGGAGGAGGAGGAGGAGGAGGAGGAGGAGGAGGAGGAGGUGGAGGAGGUGGUGGAGGAGGUGGUGGAGGAGGUGGUGCAGGCCAAGGAGCGGGAAGAGAAGCCCCGGAAGCAGGGGCGCGCAGAGCCAGGGCGCGGACCCCCGACCUCCCUGAGCCCGCUGGAGGCCCUGGGGGCCCUUCAGUUAGAGCUGAGCGCUGUGAACGCCCAAGCCAACAGGGCCUACUUGCGGCUCAAGCGCAGGGUCCGUCGGAGGCGGGAGCCUCGUUUGGAUCGAAGAAGAGCCAUCAUCCAGGACAUCCCCGGCUUCUGGGCCAAAGCUAUUGUGAGUCACCCCCAGCUGUCGGCCUUGAUCAGUGACCAAGACGAAGACGUGCUGAGCUACAUGAUCACCUUGGAGGCGCAGGAACUGGGCCGCCCCGAGUACCGCUGCAGGUUGAUGUUCUUCUUCCGGAGCAACCCCUACUUCUGCAACCAAGUGAUCCUUAAGGAGUAUCACCUUAGCUUCGCAGGCUACAGGGCGUAUAGUUCCACUCCAGUGCAGUGGUUCUGGGAUUACGAACGGGGAGCCCCCAGCCGCAGGCAGGACGCCGUCAGCCUUAACUUCCUCAACUGGUUGUCAGGCCACGACUGCCCCGGGUCUGACAGGAUUGCUGAGAUCAUCGUCGAGGACCUGUGGCCCAACCCCCUGCGCUACUACCCGAGGGAGCAAGGCGCCGGGAGAGAGCCAGCGGUGAAGGCGACGGAGCAGGAGAGUUCGGCCGAGUAGAACGAGAGCCCGGAGGCGUGUGCAGACGCGCGUGAGACCGGCGGCCGGGGUCUGGGGCGCCGGAGAGGAGCGAGGAAAGCAUCGCCAGUGGAGGUUGCAGAGGGUGGGCAGCACGUACCCGGAAUGAGGCCGAGAGAGACGUCAACAGGCUAACGAGUGCUCCUGUCUUG